CGUUGCAUAAUUUUCACUUAUCUAAAAACCGAACAGUGACUGAGUGAAUGUUUGCAUUUUUACCGUAUAAAAGACUGUCGCGAAUUUUGUCGAGUCAGUUCAUUCCGACAUUUCCAAUAUCAACAUGUUUUCUAAAAUUUUGGCUGUUGCCCUUUUGGCCGUCUAUGUCCAGGCCCAAAGCCACGGACACGCCAAUUCCUACAUUUCCUACACACAAGGGCACUCCGGAGGCCUUGGCGGAAGUUCAAGUCUUCAAGGACUUGGCAGUUACGGAGGAUCUUCCGGAGGAUCAACCGGAUCCUCGUACAUUUCCUACUCUCAAGGAUCGCAAGGACUGUCUCUAGGCCACGCUGCUCCGGUUCUUGUACACAGUGCCCCAAGCCAUCACGAAGAGCACCAUUAUGCCCACCCUAAAUACCAAUUCAAAUACGGAGUUGAAGAUAAGCACACUGGCGAUAUCAAAUCGCAUGAAGAGACCAGAGAUGGGGACGUAGUCAAGGGUUCUUACUCCCUCCAUGAACCCGAUGGUACCAUCUUGGUGGUUCACUACACUGCUUCCAAGAAAACUGGGUUCAAUGCUGUGGUUCAAAGGCAAGGACAUGCCGCCCAUCCGCAAUAUUCUCACCACCACUAAAUUUUGUGCCAAAUACCGACAUGAUUUUAUUUAUUUGUUGUAAAAGAGAUUAUUUUUUUAAUAAAACUUUUUAAAUAA